AUGACAACAGAUAUAAAAGCCCCGUUAAAAGAUGCUAAUUUAGAACGUGAAAAUUUGGUUAAUGAUAUCGAACGUCUUGAAAAUGAAUAUUUCAAUUUAAAUCAAGUGGAGAUUAGAGAUAAUAAAACUAAUCUAAAUAAAAGAAUUUGGCUUGAAACUGUGAGACCAGCUUUACUAAAAUAUUGGAAGUUCAAAACAUCACUCUUCCCAUUGAUUUAUUAUUCUAAACAACGUUUGAAAUUUUUAAAUGAAGCAAAAGAAACUACCAAAGAAGAAACAUUCUUAGGCCCUUUUCCCAUAGAAAUUUGGAAAAUAAUUAUGCAAAAGGGUUGUGCUAGAAUGGAAGUUCCUUCAAUUAACAAAUGUUUUCACAAAGAGUUGGCACCAUAUGCUUAUUGUGGUGUUGGAUACGAAAACUUGCAAUUAUUAUUAGUGGUAAGUUCUACUCAUAAAAUGAGACAAAAUGAUGCCUGUUUCUUAAGAGAAGGUCCAGAUUUUCCUGAUAAGCCAUGUGAUUCUUAUUCAAUUUAUGAAAGAAAUUUGGAAAGUUUUAAUUUUGAAUAUGAAUUUUUAGAUGUUGAUUAUGAUGUUCCAAAAAGUAUUCGUGAUGAAAUCGCUGGUGCCAAAGCUGACAAGAAAACAUUAGUUAUCACAGAUUAUGAAGAAAUCAAACACCUAGUUUAUCAUGUACUCAAUAAUCCUGAUUCAAUGAAACACUGGAAAUCUAUUAAUAUUGACAUCUCAAUAUUACAUGGGUAUAAAGAAUUGAUCUAUGAUUCUGAGAUUUACACUGUGUUGGAAUAUUACGGAAGAUCAUUGGGAAAUGGUAGCCUAUCUUCAAAAACACAAGUCAAAGCAGAUGAUUUCUUUUAUGGACCAGAUUCACACCAACUUUUCCACAAUAGAGAAGGUAGAUGGGGAGCUCCUAAAUUAGGACUUUCUAAAAAUUUUGAUGCUCAUAGUUUUAGCAAAAUACCUUACAAUACAGCAAAUGAAAUUUUCCCUAACAAAGUUUAUUUCAAUGAAUUGAUACAUCUUUCUGAACUUUUCAAAUCUUAUGAAUCUGGUCAAAGAAGUGAAUUAUUAAAGAUAUCUACAGAUCGUGAACUUCGUAUGAAUCAUCCAUACAAGAAAUAUGUAUUAUCACUUGAUCAAAUCACACAAUCUCCAGAAUUUAAUGGACCACAGUUUAAAAUUGAUGGUGCAAUUGCUUCACAUAACAUCAAGAUCCGAAAUAGAAGAUUUGCCUCUGAAAAUGAAGUCACAUCACUUAUCAAAUUGAUGGUUGGAUUAUUAUCAUCUAAUAAACUUUUCAAAGAUACUGAUACUUCCUUAUUUAUUAGUGGAAUGACAGAUUUUCAAGAGACAAAGGAUAUUCUUAAAAGUCAAACAGGAAAAUACAGGCCUGUUACAAACAUGUACAAGUAUAAACCUCAUUUAACUUUGUUGAAUAAACCAAAAUCUGUCUAA